CGCUGGUAAUCUGAGUCAACUCCAUAAAUAGAUCAAACUUAAACAAAAUUAUUGCACAUAAACAAAGCAAUGUCCAUUUCCCUACAGAAUUUCUCUCUGCCUCUUCUGUGGAUGAUCAUAAUCUUAUUUCUCACUGUUGUUGUAACAAAAUGGAUGAGCUCAAAGUCAUGUGGAACAUCUCUGAGGAUGCCGCCUGGGCCAUGGAAGCUUCCUGUUAUAGGAAACUUGCACCAGCUAAUAGGAGUCUCAAUGUACCAUCACAAAUUCACAAGUUUAGCCAAAAGACAUGGACCUAUUGUGCACCUACAAAUUGGUGAACUAUGUGUUGUUCUGAUCUCAUCUCCUGAGCUGGCAGAACAUGUUCUGAGGACAAAUGAACUCAACUUCGCGCAAAGGCCUCAACUUCUUGAUCAAGACCUUAUUCCAUAUCAAGGUUCGAGCCUGAUUUUCUCUCCUUACAAUGAAUAUUGGAAGCACAUUCGCAGAAUUACCAUGUCUGAUCUCUUAGGCGUGAAGCGCAUGCAGACAUUUAGUUUUGUAAGAGAAGCAGAGGUGGGGAGCCUUGUUGAAACUAUUUAUAGAGUUGCUGCAGAUGGAUCAGUUAAUCUGAGUGACCAAUUUUAUACGUUGUCAAACAACAUCAUUACUAGAUCAGUUCUUGGUAACAAGUCUUUUCACCAAGAGGAGUUUAGGAACGCGCUUAAUGAGAUGACUAGGCUGACGGGUAAAGUUGGGCUUCAUGAUUUGUUUCCUUCGUGUAAGUUUCUGCAUUUUGUUACUUGGAAAAGGGUAGCACUUAGGAGAGUCUUUAGAAGACUUGACAAAGUUCUUGAUGCCAUUAUUGAUGAACACAAGGCAGUGGACCAUUCGCGAUCAAAGGAGAAAGAUCUACUUGAUUUGCUGCUAAAUGUUUAUGGUAAAGAUGUAACUUCAUCUGGGCUAACAAUUGACAACAUCAAAAAUUACGUUUUGGAUGUUUUUGCUGGAGGAAGUAAGCCAACAAGAGCAAUCCUAGAAUGGGCAAUGUCGGAACUUUUAAGGAAUCCAAGAAUCAUGGAAAAGGCACAAGCUGAAGUAAGAAGUAGUGUUCAAGGGAAGAGUGAAGUGGACAAGGUAGACUUACAAAGUCUUCCUUAUUUGAACUCAGUUAUCAAGGAAACAUUUCGACUACACAUGCCAGGGCCUUUAAUACCCAGAGAGGCGAGGGAAGAUUGCAAAAUUAGUGGCUAUGAUAUACCAAAGAAGGCCCGGAUCUUUGUUAAUCAAUGGGCAAUGAGCAGAGACCCUAAGUACUGGAACGAUGCUGAGAGCUUCGAGCCAGAAAGAUUUUUAAUGUCUUCUACUAAUAACAACAUUCAUGGCAUGGAGUAUAUUCCUUUUGGAGCAGGCAGAAGAAUUUGUCCAGGCCAAAAUUUUGCUUUGGCAUUCAUUAGGCUUGCACUUUUUCAGCUAUUGUUUCACUUUGACUGGAAACUUCCUAAUGGCCUUGAUCCUCUGGAACUCGACAUGAGUGAGUCUUAUGACAUCACAACGAGAAGAAAGACGGAUUUGUAUGCUGUUGCAAUUCCACUACAUGGUACAGUUAUGCCAGAUAGCAAUACAUCUUGCAUUUAAGAACUUCAUUUGUAACAAUGUAGUUUCUUUAUUUACUAUUAAUGCUUAUCUUCCCUGUAGUUUACUUGCUAGUAGGUAAGGGUUGAAACAUAUGAACCGAUUAGAAUAUGCAUUGAGAUGUUCAAACUGCAACAUCAGGCUGACUGUAUAGGGUCUCAGAACCCUUAGAUCUUUGUUUUCUAUCUACAUUUCAAUGGUCCAGUUGAUGUAAUGUGGAUGCAUGUUUAAUAAAACAAAAGAGUUGGUGUUUUUGAGGCCGAUCGCAUCUUAUAAUUGUCAUUACAAGGUACUAUUAAAUUAUCACAAGUUGUAUUAUCUAGUUCAUUGUUUAGACUUGGGACACAUGACAGAAACAUUUGUUAAGUUCAGAUGACUAGAGGAACUUACAGAGGUUUGAUUUGGUAUGACUACAUGCCUACAAAUUAUAAUCUGUAAAGUCUGGUAAAUCAAAAUUUAGCAAUGUUUCUUUUACUGCAAUAUUUCUUCCUAUCACUGCUCCUUGUCAUCUUGUUUCUGGUUUUCACCGUUUUGAAACAAUUGGGGAGAUCAAAACUCCGCGGCCCUAUUCUGACACUUCCACCAGGACCAUGGAAGUUGCCUGUUAUCGGCAGUCUGCAUCACCUGAUAGGCUGGUCCAACCUUUUGCAUAAAACAUUCGCGGACCUGGCCUUGAAAUAUGGAAUGCCCAUCAUGCAUCUUCAACUUGGUAAGCUAUCUUUCGUGAUCAUCUCAUCACCAGAAAUAGCAGAAGAGGUUCUGAGGACUAAGGAAGUCAAUUUCGCCCAACGCUUUCAGCUUAUUGAUGCAGAAAGUCAGCCUUAUCCUGAUUGCAGUUUGAUAUUUGCUCCAUACAAUGAUUACUACAAGCACAUUAAGAGAAUUUCAGUGACGGAUCUUUUCAGCAGCACGCGUGUUAAGUCAUUUAAAUCCCUGAGAGAAGAGGAGGUAGGGAAUCUUGUGGAGGGCAUACAAGAUCAAGAAUCCUCCAUGCCCUUUAAUAUCAGUGAGAGCUUUUCUUUGUUAAUAAGCAACAUUGUAACUAGAUCAGUCCUUGGUCACAGGUCUGAUUAUCUAGAGGAAUUCAAGUCAUGCCUUAGGGAUGUAAUUAGUUCUACUAAAAGUUUCGGUCCAGAUGAUUUAUUCCCAUUUCUCAAAUUUCUUAGUUUUGUUAGUGGGAGAAAACGUACGAUGAAGAAAGUCUUUAAACGAAUGGACAGUGUUCUCAGUGCUAUUAUUGAUGAGCACGAAACAAGAACGACAGCCUUAGACACUAUCUGCGACGACAAGGCAAAAGAUGAAGAUUUACUUGAUGUGCUCCUUGCUAUUCAGGGGAGUGAUCAGGCUACACUCACACAUGACCACAUCAAAAAUCUCAUUCUGGAUAUAUUUGCAGCAGGGAGUAUGGCUGUUCAAUCAAUCUUGGAAUGGGCCAUGGCGGAAAUGCUGAGAAAUCCAAGAAUCAUGGAGAAGGCACAAGCUGAAGUCCGAAAUGCAGUUCUUGGAAAGGUGAAAUUUGUGGAAGAGGAUAUACAGAACCUUCCUUACUUGAACUCAAUUAUCAAAGAAACCAUGAGAUUGCACAUUUCUACGCCAUUACUACCAAGGGAAUCGCGAAAAACCUGUGAAAUUAAUGGAUUUCUUAUACCAGCAGAAACAAAGAUCAUAGUCAACAUAUGGGCUAUGUUCAGAGAUCCUAAAUACUGGAGCCACCCUGAAUGCUUUGAACCCGAAAGGUUUAUGAUAUCUUCUACGACUGGCAUGGAAUAUAUCCCUUUCGGAGCUGGUAGAAGAAAAUGUCCUGGAGGAGAUUUUGGUGAAAAAAUUAUUCAGCUUGCACUGGCUAAAUUGUUGUGUCAUUUCAACUGGAAACUUCCCCAGGGUGUUAAACCUGAAGAACUCGACAUGAAUGAGGUCUCUGAUUUAACUGCAAGAAGAAAGAAGGAUUUAUAUGUUGUCGCGGUCCAUGUUUGACAACUCAUGCAUCCUAUGUCAGUACCUCUUCUUCCAGGAAAUGGUGGAAAAACUUCUUUUGUAUGCUGUUGAAAGCUCUGUAAAACAAGUUCUAGUUUCUAUAAGAUAGAAGCUGGAACCGCCUAAUUUUCGCAAUCUCCACAAUCAACCAAUUCUCUCAAAGUCAAAACCUCAAGAUAUUAGGAGAAGUCCGUUAAUUGGAAACGUACUUGGCUAGAAUCAGCCUGUGGCCAGUAGGCAUUACUUUACCAAUAAUGAUGAUUCAGUUCUGCAUUGAUCUUUGUUCAUAUUAAUCAAAAUUAUUGUUUAAA